AUUUACUUCAAGUUAUCGCUAUGACCUUAACGUUGAGCAAGAUGAUAUUUUACUGUCGAGUUUGAGAUCAAAAUUCAGUCUAUGCAAAAUCUUGGUGGUGUCAGUUGAAUUUAGUGUCAGUUAAAUUCAGAUUUUAUAUAACAAAUUUUUGAUAACUAACAUCACAAUGAAUAAAAUAAUUUUGGGUGUUUUAGUUUUCACUGCUUUAUUGAUGAUGGUACAAUCUAGCCCCUGUUCUCCAAGAAAAUAUCGUUGCCGCAGCAAAUGUGAAGAGCAAAAAAAUAAAUGUGAUGACUCAUCAUCCUCUUCCUCAUCAUCGUCAUCAUCAUCGUCCGAAGAAGAUCAUAAAAGUAAAUGUGGUAAAUCGUCUUCAUCGUCUUCGUCGUCCUCGUCUUCUUCUUCGUCUGAAGAAAAUGAAAUUACCUGUAGACUAAAUAAAGACGAUUCUUCUUCGUCUUCAUCGUCAUCUUCUUCAUCUUCAGAAGAGGAAAAACCAAAACACCAUCACAAAAAAGGCAGACAUUUCCACUAGAAGAUUUUCUACUAAGAAAUUCCUCAGCAGUCUACAGUCAAUAAUAAUAAAUAAAUAUAAUAAUAAGACUGUAGAUAAAUAAUUAUUGGUAAAAUAUAGGGCAAGGUUUUAACCUUGCCCAAAAUUCUAGAAAUCUAUUAUUUAUUUUGUACUAAAAUUUUAAUAUUUUGAAUAAAAUUAUUUCUUGGA